AGAAAUGGUUUUCCCAUUCGUCUGCGUUAGCCUCUCUCUCCCACCCAAAAAUCUGCCCGCAUCGUUUUUGCGCUUAUCUGUGGCGUACGCCAUAUUUUUUUUUACUUUGACUACUCCGUAUGCUCGCCUCUCUCUUCUGCCUUCCCGCUGCGAGAUGCACGCCUGUGAAAGUCGUGUGGGAUCGCAUCCGAUGCGUCCACGGCGGCGGGGAUCUUCGGCAGCACGGUCAGCUCUGCAACCAGCGGAACGGUUUGACAUGGCAAUCGCCGCGAAAAGUGCCCCCCUUCCCCUCGGCAGCGCAUUGCGGAAUCGUGCAUCUCAGCGAUCGCAGCAGAUAUCUUGUCUCGGCUGAGCCAACGUGAUCUGGCAGGUGUCGACGGGACUCCCUGCAUCGACAUUGUGGCAAGUUUCCCAGCCUUGCCCGCGUGUCGUGAUUACCAACAUGUGCAAAACCGCGAGGUCGGGUCUGUCAUUGGAUGAAAGCAGUGACACGACGUCUUUUUUUUUAUCUCCUUCUCUCGAGUUUUGCGCACUGGAUUUGCUGACUCAAAUGGUACCUAUGAUGACGAAACCGCGCAGGUCUGGCCCCGCGGGGCCCGCCAACACUCACAACCCCCGCCAAAAAAGAAAAAAAAAAUCGCGAUUCGAAUUGAAAGGUGUUGCGAGAGGUUCGACCAUUACGACCACAUUGCUUCCCCUCCUCGCCGCCUGACGGCACAUGUCCAACAGGAUCUUCAGGUCGCACCGGACGCUAGUAGCUAGAGCAAUCCCUUCUCCGCAGGGUCACGCCAGUUCCAGACCGUGCUGCGCAGUUGGCACCGAGUACCACCUGCUCUCUGCGCUGUUCGCUCCGCGGCCGCAACCGCGACGUCUCAUCUCCGCCGCCGCCGAGCUCAUCGCAGCUGCUGCGUCCAGUUGCCCCACCGCUGCCGCUCGCGGCGUCGUCUCGUCAUCAGCAAUAGAAAACUUUGCCCAAUCGCAAGCUAGACCCGCCGUAUCCUCUGCAGGCGUCCUCUUCCGCAGCAUCUCAGUCAGGAUGGCCUCGACAGACGCCGCCGCCAAGGUCGAGGCGGCAAAGGACCUUGCUGCAAAACGCGCAGUGGCCGAGCACUUUUCACCCUCCUUCAAGUGGGUUGGCAUUGGCUCCGGUACGACCAUCCUGUAUGUCAUCAACGAGAUCAAGCGCGUGCUGGGUGACGACGUGACCAACACGCUGUUCGUGCCCACCGGCUAUCAGUCGCGCUCCGCUAUCGUAGCCGCGGGCCUCGUGCCUGUCGCGUUCGACACUCUCCCAGACAAUGUCGUGCUGGACGUGGCCUUCGACGGUGCAGACGAGGUUGACGACGAGCUGAACUGCAUCAAGGGAGGCGGAGCCUGUCUGUUCCAGGAGAAGCUCGUCGCCGAGCGGGCGAGGAAGUUUGUCUGCGUUGCCGACUACCGCAAACUGCAGCCGCGACUGCUCGCGAACUGGCCCACCAUCCCCAUCGAAGUCGCCCCGAUCGCGACUCAGGCCGUCCUGCACGCGCUCAUCAAGCUCGGCUCCACGGCGCCCAAGGUGCGCGCCGGCCUGCUGGCUAAGACGGGGCCCCUCAAGACGGACCAGGACUUCUUCAUCAUCGACGCGCCCUUCGCGCAGCCGCUGCUCACCAGCUCCGACGUCGCCGCCGGCAAGGGCAAGGGCGACGGCAGCGACGGCACGUGGGAGGUCAGCGCCCUCAGCUCCGCCAUCAAGGCCAUCACCGGCGUGCUUGAGGUCGGCCUCUUCUGCGGCGUCGACGGCAUCACCGCCUUCGCCGAGAAGAAGGGCACCGCCUGCGGUGGCCAAAAGCCCGUCGCCGUCUACUUCGGCAUGCAGGACGGCAGCGUGGAAGUGCGAGCGCGGAAGGAAUAAAUGUUCCUUCCCCCCUCUUCCUUCCCUCUCCCUCCCCGCCAGCCGAGCGCCUGCACGCGCUGCGUGUCGUCCGACAUAGGAGACAGCCUGCGACACCUUAACACUUGUAGACACGAUACCAAUAGACGGCUCAGCUUUGUGGGUAGAUUGUGAUCCUGAAUGAAGGAAAAAGAAAGUGACACGCUUGUAGAAAGACAGGAUGGAAAAAAAAUGGUAAACAAGGGGGCUCGUCAAAGCAUCGCGAUAGCCCUGUGGGCGCUGAAAGGAGCGUUACUUGCGCACGACCCGAGUUGGGGCUUUCCGGGCGAAAAGAUUUAAGAAAUUUGGCCUCCCCUUCGUAAUCUAUCUUGUCUUCGAAAUAAAGCACCGGCAAAAAAAAAAAUUCAAUUUCAAGAUUCCUCUUUUUCUUCCUGCAUGUUACUCGCAUAACGCUCGUGACUGCCAUCGUACAAAAAAAGCCACCC